AUGUCAUUAUUUACUACAAUGGGGAUGUUCAUAAUCGAUGAAAAUCGUUAUAUAGAUCCUCCAGCUCCUUCACAAACAGAUAUUAUUGGUGGUGCAGGUACAUAUGCAAUAAUUGGAGCAAGAAUAGUAACAGAAUUAAAUAAAGCACAUUUAAUAUCAGGAAUAAUAGAUAAAGGAACAGAUUUUCCAACUUCAGUGCUAGAGGAAUUAAAAAGUUGGUCAACUGGGAUUAUAUAUAGAAAAAGUGAUAGACUAACUACUCGAGGUUGUAAUAUUUAUGAUAAGGGAAUACGAUAUUUUGAAUACUUAAGUCCAAAAUUACAAAUUGAAGUUAAAGAUAUUAUUCAAUAUGAUCAAUUGAAGAAUAGUAAAAGUUAUCAUUUAAUUUGUUCAAUUGAUAGAUGUAAAUCAAUUGUAGAAGAUAUAAUAAGUUUCAAUAAGGAGACAAUUUUUAUUUAUGAACCAUUACCUACUGAUUGUAUACCUGAGAACUAUGAGAAAUUAACUAAACUAUUACCAUACAUACAUAUAUUCAGUCCCAAUCUAGACGAGGCAGAAGAAUUGACUUCCAAAAACCUACCUUUAGAAGAUCUAGCACAAAAAUUCAUCAAAUACCAAACAAAACCAAAUUCAGGAACAGUCAUUAGAUGUGGGGCACAAGGCUGUUAUAUCAGAACAACAAAUAAUGUGACAUAUACUCUACCUGCUUAUCAUCAAGAUCAAUCAAAAGUAAUUGAUGUUACAGGUGGUGGUAACUCCUUUCUAGGAAGUUUCAGUAUGGGCUGGAUACUAACUCAAAAUUGGUUAAUGGCUGGAAUUUUUGGGAAUAUUGGGAGUGGAUGUAUAAUAGAAAAAUUAGGUAUGCCAACUAUAGAAGGUGAUAAAUUUAAUGGAUUAUCAUUUAAAGAUAGAUUCACAAAAUACAUAAAAGAAAAUAAAAUCAUUACUCAUUAA